UUCAUGCGCACACAACUCACCGGACGCAAACGGUGAUCAAUGUGCGUUGUCCAGUGCGUCCACUACGAUGUUCGGCAGUUCUUUGUCAGCUUUCGUGGUGCAAUGAUCGCACCAACUGUGCAGUAGUAGAUCGCUAUUAAUUACUAAAAUAUUGCAAGUGGACGCGAUAGAACGUACGGUGGAGGUCCGAGCUUUUAUGGCAUAAAUACAACAAACAGCAAACGUUCUGUGGCGCGAUACAUCACCAUGAAACUGAGCAAAGUGUUUAAUCACAAGUUUGUGCUGGCAAGCUGCAAUCUAAUAUUUAUGCUGUGUGGUAUUACACUACUUUCCACUGGAUUCUAUCUGUUCACCGAUUCCCCCCGGAUUCUACUAUCCCGUUUGCUAAUAUCUGCAUCCGAUCAGCAAAGGACACCCCUGUCGGAGCUAGAACAGCCCUUAUUUUAUUACGUAGCGUUCGCCCUUACCACGGCUGGCCUAGUGGCUAUUAUUGCUUCCCUGCUAGGAUGUUGGGCAACGUGCAUGAAUACAUACUGUGUAUUGACAAUGUACUUCCUGAUUAUUCUUUCACUACUGGUAGCGGAAUUUGGUGUAUGUCUUAUGAUUACUGCGUGGCCCCAGUGUCUUGGAUUAAACCUCAACGAAACGGCAAUGGUAAAAGCCCUUCAAGCAAACUAUGGUGUGCCGGGACAUGAACAAUUUACCGCAGCGAUGGAUUUGGCGCAAACGAUUUUCGAAUGCUGUGCCAUCAAUACCAGCAUCAACUAUGACACAGCCUUAUGGAAGCUACAAAGUUUAGGCAAGAAAGACCUGACCGUCCCUUUAACUUGCUGCAAGCUGGUGAAUCGGUUCGAAUUUACGGCUUACCUAGACCCCGUGCCGGUAAACGUGACACUUUGCCAGGCGCUGCAGACGCAAGAUUAUGAGAAAAGUCGACAUCUGGAUGGUUGCCUGCACAAGAUUGAGCUGUGGUACCGUGAACAGUACUUUCUGUUUCUUUGUGCUGGAUUGAUUGUAGCAGUGGUUGAAUUUUGUGUCCUGCUUAGCAUUAUUUUGAGCUGUACUAAGCUUCCGCGUAAGAACCAUGCUACACAAAUGCUACGCACGCAUCCAUUGCCGCACAUUCCAAUCCCAGCACUACCGGCAAAUCGUCGUGUACGGGACAACAUUUACGAGCAUGAACUGCCCUCAUCCAUUUCCGUACCAACCAUCCGCGAAACGUACAUACAACCAAAGGAGUACGGUAAACAACGUCCAGAUAUGGCUUUUAACAAUAAUUCUCACUAUUAUCAGAUCUCCAAGAGUUACCUAGUUUAG